AUGAUACGCCAUGGGCAGUCCGUGUGGCCCAUCAGCACACGCCAACACGGCAGUCUUUCACUAUACAGCCCCCAGGGCGAGUUGGACGUCAUCCUGUCAACAUACCCCCUUACGCCCUUCAUCACAGCGCUCUGCUCUGUCUGCCUGCUCUCUAAGCACAGUCGCCCCAUCCACACCCUCGUCGUCUUUGGCGCCGGCCAGCAAGCGUACUACCACAUCCGACUCGCCCUCAAGGUCCACGGCCACGCGAUCAAAAAGGUUCACGUGGUGAACCAUCGGUUCUCCGACACGGCGGCCCACUUUCUGCGGAACUUCUCGACCAUUCCCCGUGCCAUUAAGCAGGAGGAAGGGUGGGAGAAUGCCGAGUUUGGCAUCUUGACGCCCGCGUUCCACGAUUACCACCGCCUCCUCACUGAGCAACCUCUCUUCCCCGGCGAAAUUCCCACGAGCCGCGCAGGACGGAGAACGGGGCGGUUUGUCAUCGCUGUGGGUGGCACGAACCCGCACCAGAGGGAGAUCCCGGCCGAGCUCGUCGCUCAGGCCGUCAAGUUCCAUGAAAAUCCGCGCAGGCAUUUUCAUAAGCACGCGAAUGAAGGUGAUGUGGUGAUUGUCGAUUCUUUGGAGGGAGGUAUCAAGCAUGCUGGCGAAAUUGUCCACGGCAAUGUCAAGCCAAGCCAGCUAGUCGAACCCGGCGAGCUCGUCAUGCUUCAGCGCAUGGCAGUGUCGGACGCCGAAUCAACGCCGAGUCAAAGCACGGACGAAACCUCGCUCACGUCGGUCAACAUCCAGGCCACAUCGUCCUCGUCUAAGAAAAGCCUGCUCAGUCUAUCUCACCGUAAAAAGUCAAAGCAUGACGAACGAGAGACCGUCGUCGCCUGCGUGGACAGUCCCCCAAGCGUGACACUAUAUGGUGACGUGGGGGCCAUUGAAGCCCGCGAGAAAAUGAUUACGGCAGACGGCAAAGUUGCCCGCAAGCUCAAGGUCAGCACAGCGUUCCACUCGCCGCAUAUGCGGAGUGUCUCGGGCGGCUACCUUGAGUAA